GUAAAUGUAAACUAAAUUUAACAUUUAUAUCUUCUUUCUUUUCACAAUUAUGAAACUUUGGUGUGUUACGUUGCUUUUUCUAUUUAUUAGAGCUCAUAAUUGCAACAGACUUACAGUAAAUAUUUCUGAAUGUCGUGAAAGAUAUAUAAGCUAUUUGCAAAGUGAAAAUCACAACAACACCGAUUCAAAUAGAAUCCUUCGUGUAUGGAAUAUUGUUACACCAAAAUGUACACAACAAUUGCUAAUUCACAUUCAAAAGUUUGAUUUUGGAAGUGGAUGUAAUUAUUUCCUUAAGAUACAGGAAGUAACAUCUUCUCAGAUUUUGUUGGAUAAUUGUACAAGACCACGCUUUAUAAUAGCAGAGGGAAACAGACUAAAAAUAUCUCUGAUAGCGGAAAAGUCGAUUGCAAAUUUCAAUGGCAACGGAUUAAGUAUUAGUAUCAAAAGAAAUUGCACCGAUAUAGAGCAAUGCAAAAGAAUACUAGUAUCAUCGAUUCAGCUUUAUGACAGUGCAAGCACAAAUUCAGUUGGAUUUUUCCCUAAGGACACCCGUAUUACAAGGUUACCUGUUAAAAACAAAGAUAAUACAUACACGUUCAAGAAAAGCAGAUCUUCUCUAGAAACAGUGACAACAAUUCCAGACAGUAACAGCGUCAGCUCCAAAGUGACCGUGGUGGUUUUCAUAGUUUUAUCUGGUCUCAUUGCAGUGGUUGUCUUCGUUAUUGUUGUGACUGUAAUGAAAAAAAAGUUUAAAGAAGAAAGGAGUAAGAAUGAAGACAAACUUAUAUGCACCACGAUAUAUUCAAAAGCACAAUAUCAAAAUUCCAAAGAUAUAUCAGAUGAAUGUCCUAUAUAUAGUCUUGCAUCAGAAAUCAAAAUAACUUAAAAGAAAACGUUAAAGAAGACAUUAUCUACGGAAAAUCCAGCAGCAACUAAUGACGGCAACUCUUUUUAAAAUUUAUUG